GCUGUAGAUCCACUUGAAUUUACAUUCUUGGAUGUUGUUAGGUGGCUCCUCUAAUCUAAAGACACCAGCCCGAUGUAGGAAUCGGUGACAAACCAGUCCUCGGCAAGCUUCUCUUGUGUAAUACCUUUGUGUAGAAGCUUCGAAGUCCUUCGAAGCUGGUUGCCGAGUCGUCGGGGGUCUUACACGGAAGCCGUAACGCUGGUUGCUGGAGGAAAAAUAGGACGCCUGUCUUAGAGUGAACCUUUCCUCACGAGUCUCUUCUAUACAAAGCGGGGCCUGUAUGUCGUGCCUUUUACAGACGAGGAACUAGCAGAGGCGGUGUGGAGUAGUAAUGUGGAGGGAGGGGGAGCUGCUGUGCUCUUCCAGGGAGUCCAGUUGAGUGUAGAUUUGAAUAGCUGUUGUCUGUGUGAGCGUUGUAUGUUCUCCGUCCUCUCAUAUCAUGGCUUGUGACACCAAGAGGACACCCUUCUCCGUCUUCAUGGUCAACUGUUCUAUGGAUGACCUUUAGGACUGGUGGACCCAUGUUGGCCAAAGGAAUCAAACGUAAAUACUCAGAGGUGGAAGGGGAGAUGGGCGGCGGCGGCCAGGAAUCGGAAAUGCCUGGGCGGUACCAGAGCUCGUUGCCUGCAGUGCAGUCUCGAUGUUUAAUGAACAUAUCUCUACUGAAGCUCCGUCGCAGCCUGCACCACGUGGAGCCUAACCUGAGACAUCUUGUACUGGUGGCCAACACCCUACGUCGCCUUCAGGAUAAUAUGCAGGCAGAAUCGAGCACUCUAGUAGGGUGGAAGCCCAUGGAAGACAACUCUAGAAAAGACUCUCCAUCGUUGGUCACUGAGAGCAAAAAUUCAUCUUCGGAUGUUUCAGGAGACGAUGCCUUGAUUUCCAGCAUGGAUGCUUCUUUAUACUCCUCCAUUUCCACCAUACUUGAGGACUUAAAUAAUUUUGAGGGGCUGAGCUCCUCUCCGCUGCCACAGACAGAAGACGAACAGCUCUGCUCUCCUAGGGACAUCAUUAGAGAUGGGAGCCGAGAGGAAUCGGUGAAGUUGACACCUUCCUCCUCUUUUUUAAGUUCCUCUACCUACCUUCUUGGUGACAACCUAGAGGACAUUUUUGAAGACAUUGACACAUCUAUGUAUGACAGUGAUCCUUGGGCCAGUAGCAAUCUUUUAAACUUUAAAACAUUUUCUACCAUCAACGAUCCCGAGGAGAAAUCCUUGUCGGAUGGACAAGACUCCAUGCUGGAGCUUAGUGACUUGGACUAUCUGAUGGACGUUCUGGUGGGAACUCAAAACUGUUGAUGGUCUCAGUAGGACGUUUGAAGGACCGAAAUUGUAUCUUGUAACAAGACACUAUUGUAAAUAACAGACUUUUUAAUUUAUUUUGAGCAGAUGAACUUAACGGUUUUCAUUGGGGUGGGAAAGAGGAGGGGCAUUCAUGUUCGCAGUAAUUUUCAGAGGUUUCAAAAAGUGUAGGUGCAGAACACAAGUUGAGUUACAUCAAUAUUGGUCAAGAUCUAAUGAGCUUUAAAGCCCUGUACACACGAUCGGACCUUUGUCCGACCAAAUUCACAUCGGAAUUCCGGGGGUAUUCAA